AUGCUGGCCACGGCUCGAGCCGGGCCAUCGCCUCGCGCGGGGCCGACCAGUCCGACUUAUUUCUUCACUUUUGGCGACUCCUACUCCCAGACCGGGUUCAGUGCCUCGGGGACUCAACCGUCUGCUGCGGCGCCGAUGGGGAAUCCGGAUUUGGGCAUCGGCACCACCACCAACGGCCCCAACUACAUCGGCUACCUGACCACGCAGGAGAACGCCUCCCUCGUGCUCAACUACAACCUCGCCGCCGGCGGCGCCACCAUCGACAACGCCCUCGUCCCCGCCUACCCGGGCGACCUCGCCGCCCAGCUCCGGCUUUUCCAGGCCGUCUACAGCGACAAGCCGGCCAGUGCGCCGUGGACCUCGCGCGACGCGGUGUUUGGGAUCUGGAUCGGGAUCAAUGACAUCGGCAACGCCUACGCCUCCACCGACGCAGCAAGCUACACCCCGCGCCUCAUCGCGCGCCUCAAGCAGCAAGUCGCCCAGAUCUAUGCGGCCGGCGGCCGCAGGUUUUUGUUCCUGAAUGUCCCGCCCACGAGCCGCAGUCCUUUGUUUUUGGAGCAGGGGAACGCCACCGUUGCGCGGCAUGCGGCGUAUCUGGCGACGUUUAAUCGGAAUCUGGAGGCGAUGGUGCAGGGGUUGCGGGGGGAGUUUGGGGGGGUGACGACCGUGUUCUACGACGCGUGGUCGUUCAUGACCAAGGUCCUGGACGAUCCGACGGCGUAUGGGUUCCCGGAUGCGACGUGCAUCAAUGAUGAUGGGGUGAGCUGUGUGUGGUGGAAUAAUUAUCAUCCGGGGAUGAAGUAUCAUUUGCUGCAGGCGGAGGAUAUGAAGAAGUAUUUGGGGGUUCUUGGGGGGUGGUAG